UAUCUAUUUGAUGUUGUGUUUCAGGGUAAGGAUGCUGAUUGGGAGGACGAUGAGGAGGAGAUGGUGAGGAUGAGGGAUGAGGUUGGGAGAUUGAAACAACAGCUCCAACAAGCCAAGAACCAGCAGCCCCCACCCAGACCCCCUCCUCAGCCCCCUGCUGUAAUGACCCAGGUAGACUCUAGGAGUGCACCCCCUGGGAUUGACCCCAGGGUCAGGGACCAGAUGCAGAGGUUGCAGGGUGAUGUGGCCAAUUUGAGGAAUCAGCUCCAGAACAAGGACAGAAUGGCUGCACAGCAGCUUGCAGAUGCUGAAAAUGACAUAAUCCAGCUCCAGGCGGAGCUCCGUAAGAGGGAGCAGGAGGCUAGGGCAGGAGAAAGGAGCAAGAAGAAGGCUGGGGAGAGAGAAGCAAGAGAGGCAGAGCUGAGACAUGCUUCUGCUUUGGCACAGGCCGAGAUUGAGGGAGGGCACCUGGCCCAGAGAGCUAUCAAUGAACUCGCCAAGGCUCAAGAAGAGAUUGACGGCCUGGAGGAAGUACUUUCCAACCGAGAGAGGGAGCUGGAGGAGACACUACACCAUGGGGAGACUGCUUCACAUGCCAUUGCUAAUCAACAGGAGGAGAUAGGAGCAUUGCAUGAUGUCCUGGGAGCACAGAAAGAUGAAAUCCUACGACUACAGGAUCUUCUAGAUGGAGUAACUCGAGCGCAAGAACCAUUAGGUCCUCAGACAGCGACUGAUCUGCAGAAUUUAUUGGGAGAGAUAGCUGGAUUGAGGCAAGCCUUGGAUGGGCAGCAGCAUCAUAUGAACAACAGAGGACAAGGCAGGGUUGCACCGUUACCCCCUUUCAUCCCUGCAGCAGAUCCUGCAUUCAAUGAUAGAGGAUACCAUGGAAACUCAUCAUUUAUGCCGCCAGGUCAUCAAUCCCAACCGCCACCCCCAGGGAACAUGAAUUAUGCACCGCAAUCCUUGCCAUAUACCCCUCAACAUUCCACUUUGCCACCUGCACCUAUGGUGGCGCAGAGUACCGCAGGAACCGGCUUCCAGCCUUCGGUGUCAUUUGCACCUUUAGACCAGAGCCACCGUGUUCAGGCACCAUCCAUGCAACCACCACUACAAGGCCCUGUACCCUUUAUACAGCCUACUGCGGUACCACCCAGACUCUUUGGAGCACCGCCUCAAGGCAGUGCUGUACCUAUGGGAGGUACCACCAAUGGGCAGGCAAUGUUCCAACCACAACUUCAACAUGCACCUGCUACUCAGGGAGUACAUUUAGGCAGGGAACAGGACAUUACCAUUAGUGAGAGUAGGAGGGGCAAGUUGAGGCAGGUGAACGGACCGAUCGAAGGACUCUUCUGCAAUGUACCAGAGCACCAUGACUUGGAGGAUGAAAUUGAUAGACUACGCAAACAACUCGACAAGCUGAAGCGAUCUAAGCGGACUGAAAGACAAAGUUCACCUAAUACAUCAGGAAGAAUGUCUAGAUUGAGGCAUGAACUAAUGGACAAGCGUGAAGAGCUGGAUGCCCUGGACCUGGCAGUGUCCAGGCAACAGGGUGCCCUGAACAGAUUGAGAGACGACGAUGAAGAUCUGAGAUACCAGACGGAGGCCAAACUGAGGGAACUGAAGGACUUAGGCAGGAAUGUAGAUGAAAGAAAAUCUAGAAGGGAUUUCUUGGAGCACCGUCGUCAGUUUGUACCGAGAGCUGAGGACUACGAUGAGGUGGACGACCACCAGCGCAUGCAGCAGAGUGCGUUCCUUGAAGACGAGAUUGAGUGCCUGGAGGACACCAUAGCAAAGAGGAGAGCAGAGCUGAGGGAAGCCGAUCAGUUACUGCUGCAGUGUCAGACUGAUUUACAUGAAGCUCAGAAUAAGGCAAGUGAAACACUCAGACAUUACGACAAGGCAACUCAUGACCUCGCCAUGACCCGAGAGGAGAGCGAGGAGCUUGAGCGGAGGUCACACGAGGUUGCCGUGACCCUGGUCCAGGCCCAAGAACGGCUCCUGGUCCUAGAGAGGGAGGUGGAGGAGCUGGAGGAGAAGAGGAGGACCUGUGAGAGGGAUGCGGGUGAGAUGGAGACCCUACUUAACGGCAGGGAGAUGGAGAUGAGAGCAGUGGAAGCAAAGAGAGACCAGAGCAGUAAAAGGCUUGAGAGGCUGAAGUCUGAGGUGAUCAUGGCCGAGCAGAAGCUCUCAGAGCUCCAGUCGUCUUUGAGAGAUGGAGAAAGAGAGCAUUCUAACAGACAGAGUGAGCUAGAUAGACUACAGGAUCAGCUUGAUGAUCAGCAACAUGCCCUGGAGAAGGUCAACAGGGAGAUAGGGGCCAAGCAAACCGACCUUCGAACUUUGACCUCUGAAACCGACAAGCAUCGACAGCAGCUUGUUUCAGCGCUACAAGAAGGGGAGAGUGAGAUAUCUGCAACUCAACAAAAGAUCAAAGACACCAAGAACAAUCUAGAGCGGUUGAGACAGCAGCGGCAGGAGACCAGCCAGGCUGUGGAUCAACGGCGGGAGGAGCUCUCUCGCCUCCAGACCAGGCUCGCUGAGGCAGAGGGCGCCCACCACGAUGUCCAGUCGGCCAUCGAGAAGCAGCAGGCGGAGCUGAAGCACACACUGGAGAUGGUGCACAUUGAGAAGACGGAGCUGGAGGCGCUGAGGAUGCAGCAUGAAGCUAAGAUGGCCGAGCUGGAGAAGACGCAGCUUGCGGCUCUCCAGGAGAAAGCAUCCCUGGAGAAGCUCAAGGAGGACAGCCAGAGGAACCGGACCGGUGCAGAGCUGAUGAGGGAGGAAACGAGACGAGCCAAGGAGGAGCGAGAGCGCAUCCUCUCCGAGAAGCAUUCCCUGGAGGAGAGCAUCGAAGGCCUCAUGCAGGAGGAGAGUGCUCUUAAACAGGGAUGCAACUCACUGGAAGUUAAGCUCAGCCAUCUCAAAACAACUCAUGGAAGCACUCUGGAAUCUCUGCAUCUCAACCAACACAAACUGGAAGGCUUCCAACAAGACCUAGUUGCCAUGGAAACAGACCUGGAGGACACCAAAAGAAGAAAGUCUGAAGCAAUGAGGGAGCUACAGAACCUUAAACAGCACAUGAAAGAGGCCAAGUCUAACCUGAAGCAUACAAACUCAGACCUACAAGGGGCAGGCAGUCAGCAGGUACGGUUACAAGAGGAGAUACAGGAACUUGUGAAGCAGAAGGUCCAGCUGUCUUCUCAGUUAGACCAGCUCUCUGAGGUCCUGGACCAGCAUCGUCGGACCCUAGAAUCGUGCGAACAGCAGGAGAGAACCAAACAGGAAGCCCUGAGCAUGAUGGGAAGGGAGCUGGAGGAGAAGAGAAGAGAGUUUGAGGGACGUCAGAGAGAUCUGGAGAAGGUGGCCGAGAGGGUCGCACUGGAGGAGGACAGACUUUCAAAGGUUUCCAGGCAGACUUCUAGAGAUCAGGAGACGGUAAGAGCUCAGCUCGAGAACCGACAGAGAGAGCUAGAGACGCUGACCCAGCAGAAAGACUCCAUUCAGUCUAGGUUGCAUCAGAAUCAAGAAGAUCUCGUUCAGUAUGAUGAACUGAAGAAUAGGAUUCAAGAGCUUGAAAAUGAAAUUUCAGAUCAACAAGAGAAAGGAGAGAAGUUAAAGGAUGAACUUGAAGCAGCAAGAAUGAGAGUAGGCUCACUUCAAGAGGAGAAAGAGGCGAUUGAGAGAGAGAAGAACCAGUCAGAUCAAGAAAAUGAACAGAUAAGAAUGAAAUGGAGCGGUGCUCGAAAGGAUUUUAGAGCCGAGCACAGGAAGCUGACUCAGGAGAUUGAAACUCUGAAGGUGAGGCUGGAGGAGGAGUCUAAGCAUGCCAGCAGGAUGAGUAAAGAGGUGGAGAAUUGGAAACAGGAAUACCUCAUCACUAAGCAACAGCUCCAUACCCACGAGGAGCUAAUGGAUCAGGAGAACAAGCUUGACUCACAGCUCCAGCAUCUAAAGGAAGAGAUCCACACAGAGGUCAACGAGGGCUUGCGCACCCUGGAGAUGUCUCGCUUGGAGGUCCUCGAUGAGCUCCAAGAGGUCCACCACCAGAAGGCUGAGAUCAGCAAGAAAUUGACGUCCUUCAAGCAGGUUAAAAUGUCAGAGAUCAGCGCUCAAAAGGAGAACAGUAAACGAAAGCAUAUUGACUUGGAGUUUCAGCUGCAACAGGAGCAAGAUUUACUCAAGUUGAGACUUGAGCAGCAGAUGUCUCGUCAGUCGGAGGUUCUGGCCGGGAUCAAACAGAAGUCAGAAUCGACUAUCCAGUCAUUACGUCACAAGCUGAACCACCUCGAGGAGCUAGUCAGCAGCAGCUCCUCCCAUACCCGGAGUCUGAGAGUGAGCCAGAGCAUCGUACAGAGACACAACGUCAACCGGAACAUAGAUCUAGUUCCACUCCAGAAUGAAGGCGACGAGAGUCGAGGGGUGGAGAAUAGCUGUUUGGAUCCAGGCCUGAAUUACAAACAGAAUGUGGAGGUUCAGUACGAAAGACGUAUUACCUCAAGGACGAGACAGUUUGAAAUGCGACAUGAAAACAGCGCUCAUGGCGAUGCUAGUGAAAGAGGACAAGGCAGGGUCGACCAGAUGGACGAGGGAGCUCUUUCAAUAAAUGAACUUCAAAAUCAAGAUGGCGACUUGCAAAGGCAUCCCUCACUUCGUGGUGAGGAUAGUAAUGCAGGGAAGGGUGACCAUGGAGAUAGGAGCAGUCGUCCGAAGGGGAUCCUCAAGCGUAAAACACCCUUGCAGGAAGAAGGAGGUACUCUAACAGAACACGAGGAAAGAGCGAGGGGUACUACUGGUCUCGAUGGAGAGAGGAAUCGACGAAGGUCCGAAGAAGUAGCGGGAUCAGAGAGUGAGGUGACCACAUCUCAGCGUUCCAGGUCUCACUCAUACAGGCAUCAUAGGAGAAAAAGCAGGUCACCAGUCGGGCGUCAACCCCUCUCACCUCUAUCUCCACAGGUCCCCGAGAGAGGGCCUCCUUCAGGUCAACACUGGUCGCAUUUUAUGGAUUCUCUCAACCAGCUGAAAGAUCAGAAAGUUGCUCAACUGAACACCAAUGCAUGGGACUACAGAUGACACCAGCCAUCCCAUUAUACAGACAAACCUGUUUAAAGCAACCACCUGAAUAGUAAAAACCACCUUUCUAUAAGGACCACAUUUUUUUGUUUUCCUUGAACAUGUUCUCCCAUUGAAACCUGUACUCAAGGAACCGGUACAUAAAGACCACCUGCCUAUAAAGACCACCUUCCAUGUUUCCCUUAAGUGGUCUUUAUGUACAGGUUUCAUUGUAGUGUACAUAAGCUUUAGUGCAAGAUACAAAUUUAAAUGUGUGUUACAUUUAUACUGAGUUUAUUUUUAAUUGUAUUCAUCAACUGCUAUAUCAGGGGUCAGAGGUCAGAGGUAAACCAGAAGAGACUCUGUCAUUGAUGCAUGUGAUUGUACCACAGGGUUGUUGGUCUGUUUCCUGGAAGGGGGCCGGACCCUAUUUCAUAAAACUUGUUAUCAAUGACAACCUACAAUAGUUGUUAUAAGCUACUCAAAUCCUUGCAUUUGAUUGGCUGUGAGCAUAUUUGUGGCAGUUGUUGUUGAUAACAAGUUUUGUGAAACAGGGCCUCGGUCCAUCUCUUUCUGUACCGGCAUUCUACAAGGUGCAAUUCUCAGAACAACAAUUUGCAUGUUAGAAUUAUUAUUAUUAUUGUGCAAGGAAAUAUAAUUGGUGAAUUAAGAUGUGCUCAAAUUGAAUUGUAGCGAAGUCCAACUAUUAAUGAUGUCAUAACUAGUCAUAACCAAUUACAUGGUUGUACCUUAAGUUAUUAACCGAAUAGUUUUAGUAUAUCUGGGGCCCGUUUCAUAAAACUAUAUAACAAAUGCU